GUGAAAAAGAGGCCAUACUUAUUGGACAACUUUUCAAUUGGUGCUCGAAUAACCGCAACCUUGUUGGACGAGUCAGCUCCUCCGACGGGUUUAUGCCUAGAUGCCUCUGUCGUUCUUAGUACAAGGUGGAAUACUUUGCCUCCCAACGAACAAGAAGUAUUUCCGGCAGUGGCACCAAACUUUGUAGCAGAGAUACGAUCAAUGAGCGAUUCGAAAAGUUUCGUUCAUGACAAAAUGUGUACAUGGAUUGACGCAGGAGAGGGUUUCUCGCUAGAUCCUAUUACCCAAAAUGCAAGAAUAUAUUCCAAAGGUAAUUAUUAUAUCCACUGGCGAGAUUUAGGAAAUUCUCCUACUAGAUCUACAAGGAAUUCUUUGAAG